AACAUGGCGUCCACAUACCGUAGCCUACGUGAAUCUCGUACUCUCACGCAUGCGCAUGACCAAUUUUGACAUCUCAACGUAAAUAUGGCGGACUGUGUUGCGAUAUUUAGUGUAUUGGCCUCUCUUACAGUAGCAGCAUGGGCAGCAAAUGUCCCAUCAUCCACUUGCGAGUCUCUCAAAGCACCAAUCAAUGGCCUUGUUCAAUGUUCGAUAAACGGUACAGUAUUGACAUGUACAGGGAUAUGUAACAACGGAUAUAUGUUUUCUUCUGGACAUGAUUUCAUCACGAGAACCUGUGAAGCAGGAACAUGGAAAGGGGGAAGCGACCUUCCGUUGUGUAGCCCUGACUCGUGUGGAAGAAAGCUCCUCAGUGGCGUAAACAACAGUGAUUUUACGGCUUCAUCAGUAUGGACAGGGGUCGUAGGUUAUUAUUUUGGCGCGGAAAGAGCUCGGCUAGAUUCGGAUGUCGUCAUGAUUGGCAAUAUUGCACAAAGUGGUGGGUGGCGUGCUGCCGAUAAUACACUAGAUCAAUACAUUCAGGUAAAACUACCAGAAGUGAAGAGGAUUACUGGAAUUACAACAAAAGGGCGUACGGUCCUAACUGGCGAUCCAUCCAACGAAUAUGUUACUCAGUACAGGGUUCUAUACAGUAUGGAUGGUAAAAGUUGGACACCGUAUAGUUCCCAGACAGUGGGCGACGCGUUUUUAUCUGGCAAUAUUGACAACAAUACUCCGAAGACAAAUAUACUCUCAUGUCCAUUUGAUGCACGAUAUGUACGUAUAAAUCCAAUAGCUUGGCACGAGAACAUCGCGCUCAGAUUUGAAAUUCUCGGCUGCAAGUCAGAUGGCACUAAACCCACAUGUUCAACUCCCACACAGCCACCACCAGUUACUAUGGAGAUGACACCGACCAUGAUACCAUCUCCAACUGUACAAAGUAUAUUGAAUUAUAAACAUGUUUCUUUCUUAUUUACAUUUCUAAUUUCAAUAGGAGAACAAAAAGAUGCAAGAUAAGGUUUAUAUUUCCUA